AGAAAAAUGUCACAAUUAUCAAAUAUGCUCAAAGAACACUCGAAAAAGCAACAUUUGCGGAGAGAAGUUCAAGAAAAAUUGAAGAAUGAAGCUAUCGUGGCAGCUCAAACCUUAUCUACUGCCGUCGUGGAUCAUCUGAAUGCAAAAGUCGCUCAAGCCUACGGAAACCAAAAACGCCUGGACGUUGAAGCGAAACGAUUCGAAAACAAUUCAGCAGCUCUUGCGAAACAAACUGAACAAUGGCUUUUCAUUACCGAAGGCCUAAAUUAUGCUCUCAAGGAAAUUGGCGAUGUCGAAAAUUGGUCGAAAACGAUUGAGAACGAUAUGAAGAUUAUCACGGAAACAUUGCGCAGAGCCUAUGAAGCCAAAAACCCUCCACUUCCACCAAAUCAAGCAAACCCUGCUAGCCAUUAAUCAAUUCGUGUAUUCUGUGUAUUUUUGUACAUUCCAACCGAAAAAAGACAAGUAUCGAACCCGUUCAUAAAAUACAAAAUAUAAAAUAAAUAAUUAUCUGAAACUAUCGCACAUGAAAUGAAACAGAGAGGUAGAAUCUAUA